AUGAAUCCGUGCGCCAGCAAAUUUACGCCUAUUUCCACUCCAAAGAUGGAGCCUUCAUCGCCGUUGUUGGCGUUGGAAAAUGAUCUUCACGGAUGUGCUUCUAUGGGAGCUGAUGGGUUCGGCGUACACCCAGCUCACUUUGGUCUUCAGGCUGGUCUUCACUCGCAUGCCCUUAAUCAUCCCUUGACUCCUCAUCCCUUGACUCCCCAUCCAACGCCUUUUCAUGCAUUCUCAUCAUUAUAUCCUAGUAUGUCUCUGAACAACUACGGCGCCUUGCAGCCUAGCUGGAGUGUACCUAUAUGGUACAACCCCAUCGCUGUCGCAGGUCCUCUUUGUUCUACACUUCCGCACCCCCCUCCGACUGCUUUUCUAUGUGGCUCUAUAGCUCCAACCCUGGAGUUAACAGAUGAAACUCAAAAACAGGUUACUGCAAACCCAAAAGCCAGGUUCGGGGGUCUCUUUGAUCAUGAACAAACCAAGGCUUCAGCUCGGCGGAGGCCAGCCCGGAAGAAAGCGCCACAUGAUGUUGCUAUAAACAAUCAUCGAGAAAAUUCGUUUCAAAAGCUCGUCCCCGGUUCAAAGCCACUCACACUCAGUUCCUCUAGUGUUAAAGGAAGGCCUAUCGUCGAAGAAACUUUUGGGUUCCCCAAAGGCGCAGAAGUUAACAUGCAACACUUUGCAGCCGCCAGACGGACUCGUGAACUAAAACAGCCGCGUGGCUAUUCAGACCACAACGUGAGCAGCUGCCUUUCAAAAAAAUCGCAACAAGGUUUAACAUAUUCAAAUACGCCCUCCCCGCCCUGUUCUGAAACUGAUCUGCCUUUAUUCUCUGAUACGUUGCACAUGCCAUCGAACAAUCCUCUUGGCACAUUUGGGUCACAGCAUUCUCUUUGCGAGCACAAAGAUUCUGUUUCCCCAUAUCAACAUGAUAGGGACUUGGGGUUGCAGACACGUAUUGCUUGUCGAAACCUUACGGCGACAGGAAGCUCAAAACCACGCAAAACAUCAUCGCAAGAGACGGAGCCACUGCCUGCACUAGGCAUGAAGGCCACUGAGUAUAAGCCGGCCCAACCUGCUCUAAUGAUCGCCACGGGAACUUCAAAUGGCGGAACCAAAUCAGACUCGGUCAGACAUGCGAUACAAGCAAACUCCGACUACACUGGCACGAAGAGCUCCGAUUUCUAUACCAGCGACGACGAAUGGGUUUACUUCAAUAGCCGGGGGGCAAGAAACUCUGCACCAGAGAUAGCGAUACCUUCGCAUUCGAAGUUAACGAAGCCUCGAAACGUGUCAGGGAGUUCAAUCACAGCGCUGAAGCGGUCGACGUCUGUAGAUGGUGGGAAUGCCAGCGAUACCAGGAAAACAUCGCAUAGAGGGGCAUUCAAUGCGAUUAAAGGACCCAUGCAGUCCAACAACGCAAUCAGAGCGAGCGAAGGAUUAUGGUCCCAGUCUAAGAGAUGGAUGAGCCAGGAAACCAAGGAGCGCAUGGCUAUUCAAAAGAUGUGGCAAAACCUGCACCAUAUUGGUGCCGACAAGACCCCAUUCGUGCCACAGAACCCGCUCGAGCUGACAGCAUUUCGGGCGGAAGUGGCAGAGACCACAAAGAGGCGGCUCUCACGCGAGGUCAGCUGGCGAAUGGCUACGUUUGAGCGCAGAAAGGCGAUUGCAAGUGACCCAAACGAGCAAUUGGUGGAGGUAGCACCGCUUCUCUUGGGAAAGGGUUUUCAAGACGGCUUGUCAGCAGUUUUCGCGUCUCCAAACUGCUUUGCAAAAGAUUUGUCUGAGGACAAUCCGCAAUGCGCGAGAUGGCCGUCGCUGGCAGAGCUGAAAGAAGAAGGCGACAAAAGAUCAGGAAGAUAUGACCGAUACUUCCCUCCGCCGAAGCUCACUAUCAAUGCUGAAGAAUACGCAACGGAUGAAGAGGGUGUCAUCCCCACGGUGGAAGGGUGGGUUGGCGCAGAGUGGAGAGUUGUAAAACCUGACACUCGAUUUAUCCAGCCUGUCAAUCCUGCGGCCGAAUCAGCUGCUGUCGAGACGUUCGAGACGACGGAAAUGCGCUUAGAGAAACUGCCAGAUUACCUGCAAGCGGCCAUUAUGGAGAUGGAGCAAGAACUGGAAGAGUAA